AUGGGACAGGUCCGAUCGCACAAUUGGCUGGCGAAGCAACGAGAGGUUACUACAGAAGCAGCGCUAUGCCCAUGCAUGGUAUAUGCUCGUACCGCCGAGAGACUCGAGCGAGCUGCCUAUGGCGAGGACCCCUUGACUCCGCCUUCAGGUGGUUGCAGCAGUCCAUUGUGCAACUGGAGAAGGCCGCUCAGCAACCAACGUGGUGACAUUCGGAACCGAUAUGCCAUCACGGGUAGCACCGAGGACGACGAACUUCACGCCUGUGCCCACCCAUUCUGGACUCUGAUGGGGAAUCACAAUGAAGUCCUGGUGCGAGAGAAAAUAUGUAAAAAGUUUAACACUUACCCUUUCUCGCCAGGGCCUCCACCAGUUGAGAUUCGUCGCUUCAAGCCUCAGCCCAACCAUCCGUAUGAAUCGCCCGCGCAGAUGCAGAUGAAGGAAAAGAGCCUACCGAGAAUUGUCGAGUUACCUGAAUCCGGUAGUUCAAAGGAGAGAGCAAAGCCACAAAGUCCGCCGGCGAAGGCUACCCCGGAAGCCAGCUCCCAGCAAUUGCCUCCUCCUACUAGCAACAAACACACUCCUGCGAGAACUCCGGACACCCAGCAAAGUCAGAGUCCGAUUCUGGGUUCCCAAGAUCCUCGCGUCACGGUGGCUGACUUCGCUGAGCCCCACCGGCUCAGUCAAGACCAAAAGAGGCCAGUUGGAAACAGACAGUUCCCGCAUACUGUUCACAAUGAUCCUCUCUUUGGAAUUGCCGAGGAGAUUCAUCCGCAUACUGUCCACGAAGACCCAAUAGUUCAAGUGGCUCGACGGCUCUCCCCUCAUCAGAUUAAUAUAGAUCCCAAGACAGCGACACCGGCUGCCAGCCUCCCUCAUAGCGUUCACCAGGAUCCCACCGUCAACGUAGCUGAAGAGCCAACGGAGCACACGGUACACAAUGACUUGACAACCAAGACGGCCGCUCCUGUACACGAUCACAGGCUUAGCCAGGAUGUCAUGGCGCCAGUCAGUACACGAGCAGUACCCCACAGCGUCCACGACGACCAAACGGUUAGUAUGCAGGGCCAGACAGCUCCGCAUGCUCUCAGCGGAGAUCCCACGGUCAAGGUUGAUGAGGGCGAACCAAAGCAACACGCAAUGCAACCAAGCGCAGCGACUCCGGCACCCGAGAACCAGAAGCCGAACCCCCACCAGUUGGGAGACAUUGGCCGUGCUUCGACAGCACCGGCCCCGCUACAAUGA